CACCAACCUCACGACAAGGAAGGCCAGCAACCACCUCUCCUCCGCCACCCCCAGCAGCACAGCCAGCAACCCGUCGCUCGUCUGCAACAAUGGCUGCCAUCAACAAGAUCGCCCUUAACUCGCCCUCGAGGCAGAACCCCUCCGAGCUGGAGACCGCGAUCGCCGGUGCUCUUUUCGACCUCGAGAGCAACACACAGGACCUGAAGGCCACCCUUCGGCCCCUGCAGUUCGUCUCUGCCCGUGAGGUUGAGGUUGGUCACGGCAAGAAGGCCGUCAUCAUCUUCGUCCCUGUCCCUCUUCUCCAGGGCUUCCACAAGAUCCAGCAGCGUCUGACCCGUGAGCUCGAGAAGAAGUUCUCCGACCGCCACGUCCUCUUCGUUGCUCAGCGCCGCAUCCUGCCCCGCCCCAAGCGCUCCGUCAACUCCCGCACCACCCAGAAGCAGAAGCGCCCUCGUUCCCGCACUCUGACCGCCGUCCACGACGCCAUCCUCACCGACCUCGUCUACCCCGUCGAGAUCGUCGGCAAGCGCAUCCGCACCAAGGAGGACGGCUCCAAGACCCUCAAGGUCAUCCUUGACGAGAAGGAGCGUGGUGGUGUUGACCACCGCCUCGACGCCUACGGCGAGGUCUACCGUCGGUUGACCGGCCGUGCUGUCGUCUUCGAGUUCCCCCAGGGUGCUGCCUCUGACUACUAGACCGCGAAAUUCUUUUUUUCCAUAAUGCAUCUUCUUUUUUCAACUUUCUCAUGAAAAGAAAAUCCAACAUGUUGUUUUAAAGAAUCUGGUCUGGGAAAAUCAGGAUUGACAGGGAAAUUCAAAUAUGAUGGCUGUGUUGUUGUGAGGAC